UGUUGGUUCCUGACUUCCUGUGUAGAGACUUGGACCCAUCUUUUCAUAUUCUGUUUUAUUGGGAUUCUCACAAAGAAAAGUGGCAAUCCAAUCGACUAUUAUUGAUAAUAUUCUAAUCAAAUUGAAUCAGAAAAAAGAAAAAGCUUAGCUUAGUGUGUUGAACUCAGAGAUGGCGGAAAGUGAAGUGGAGGUGAUUCACUCAUGGUCUGCUCCGAGAUCCCUCAGUACUAGUCUCAUGUAUUCUUUUGCUCAGAGGGAUGACAUAGAAGUGCUUGAUGAGCCUCUCUAUGCAAAUUUCCUUAGAGUAACAGGUCUUGAUAGACCCUACAGGGAGGAGCUACUCUCCAAAAUGGAAUCUGAUGGGAAUAAGGUCACUAAUGACAUUAUUUUUGGUCCAGGAAAGAAAAAAUAUAGAUUCUGUAAGCAUAUGUCAAAGCAACGGUUACAAGGUUUGACUGACGAUCUAAUGAAGAAAGGAAAGCACUUCAUUCUGAUAAGAAAUCCUCUUGAUAUAUUGCCAUCCUUUGACAAGGUUGUCCCUCCAUCUUUCUAUGAAUUGGGUUUGGCAGAGCUGGUUUGUAUAUACAAUGAGCUUCGAGAGAUUGGAAAGUCACCACCUGUUAUUGAUGCUGCAGAACUUCAACAAGAUCCUGAGGCUACUCUUCGUGGUCUCUGUGAUGAUUUGGAGAUUCCUUUUGAACCUGCAAUGCUCAAGUGGGAAGCAGGUCCAAGGCCAAUAGAUGGCUUGUGGGCACCUUGGUGGUAUAAAUCUGUACAUAAGUCUACUGGUUUUGAGAAACCAAGAAAGUAUCCCCAGCCAUUUCCCUUUUCUUUCUAUGAUUUGUUGGAGCAAAGUCUACCCCUGUAUAAUAUGCUUCGGCGCCAUGUGAAGAAAAAGUCAUCUCUUCUGAGACCUCCUCCACCUACUCCCGAUCUUCCUGUUCCUGCAAAUGAGAAAUUGCUUGCUUGGGUUGGUGAUGAGAUUAUGCCACGUGAUAGUGCAAAGGUUUCUGUGUUUGAUUCAGUUGUCCAAGGAGGUGACUCGGUUUGGGAGGGACUUCGAGUGUACAAUGGACAGAUAUUUAAGCUUGAGGAGCAUCUAGACAGGUUGUUUGAUUCAGCAAAAGCUUUAGCUUUUGAAAAUGUUCCUACUCGAGAUGAGAUUAAGGAAGCAAUUUUCAUAACUCUAAUUAGGAAUGGCAUGUUUGACAAUUCACACAUCCGGCUUUCUCUAACACGAGGGAAAAAGGUUACUUCUGGGAUGAGCCCCGCAUUCAAUCUUUAUGGAUGUACAUUAAUCGUGCUUGCGGAAUGGAAGCCCCCAGUAUAUGAUAAUACACGUGGUAUAGUUCUUGUAGCUGCUACAACACGCCGAAAUUCACCAAAUAAUUUGGAUUCGAAGAUUCAUCACAAUAACCUUCUCAAUAACAUACUUGCAAAGAUUGAAGGCAAUAAUGCAAAAGCAGAUGAUGCAAUCAUGCUCGACCAAGAUGGUUAUGUAUCAGAAACCAAUGCAACUAACAUUUUUGUUGUUAAAAAGGGCCGGGUUUUGACACCUCAUGCUGAUUACUGUCUUCCUGGCAUUACUCGUGCAACUGUAAUGGAUCUUGUGGUGAAAGAACAGCUGAUCUUAGAGGAGCGCAGAAUCAGCUUGUCCGAAGUGCAUACUGCAGAUGAGGUAUGGACGACUGGAACAAUGGGAGAACUAAGCCCAGUAGUGAAGGUUGAUGGCCGCAUAAUUGGCAAUGGAGAAGUAGGACCUGUUACUAGAAGGUUGCAAGCUGCUUACAAAAAGUUGACAGAACAACAUGGUGUACCUAUACCAACCUACACCAAGACUUGAAAGACUGCAGUUGGAAGUGAGUGGAAAUUGCUGCUAUACAAGCCUUUUUCCUCAAAAAAUAAAAGAAUGUCUUUUCUCAUUAAUAAAUUAUCAAAGAAAACUUUCUCUCUUUUGUUGGAAAAGGGGGAGGGUGGUAAUUAAAAGUCCUCAUUCCAUUAGAGCUUGUUAAAUGAGUGCAGUUACAACUUGCAAGUUUAAAAAUGUAAUUUACUGAUACAACUUUCGACAAUAUGGAUUAUUUUGAGCUGUAUUUUGGUGGUGCAAGUGAUUUUUGUGAGACAAUUCGGUUUGAUUUGCUUAAAACUGUAUGAGUCGUGUUCAGGACAAAAA